UGCCACGGAGGCUGCACCAUCCACCCGACAGCCCCCUCACAAAAUGGACCAGGAAACCCUGGGAAGCAUUGCCCCGCUUGCCAUCGUCACCUUGAUAAGUGUUGUCCAGAAUGCUUUUUUUGCUAGCAAAGUGGAGCAUGAAAGCAAGCACUGCAACGGCAAGGGGCUCCAGCGGCUGGGAUCCUCUGCCUUCGACCGAGUCUACAUUGCCAACCAGAACUGUGGACACGCGUAUCCUACGUUUCUGGCCAUGCUUUGGUGUGCUGGCCUCCUCUGCAGCCCAGCUCCUGCCGCCUUUGCCGGCCUGAUGUACUUGUUUGUGAGGCAGAAGUACUUCGUGGGCUACUUAGGAGAAAGGACUCAGAGCACUCCUGGUUACUUGUUUGGAAAACGCAUAAUUUUGUUCCUGUUCCUCAUGUCCGUGGCUGGAAUACUCAACUACUAUCUCGUCUCCUUUUUCGGAAGUGACUUUGAAAAGUACAUGAAAAUGAUAACCAGUGCGAUCUCUCCGUUGCUGCUCAUCCCAUAGCUCCCUGCAGCACGGCAGGGGUCAGCACGCUUAAUAUAUUGAUACCCAGAAACAACCAUAAUUCAAGUGUUUAAGAAAUGAACCCAUAACCCUUUUAGAUUGCUGUAAAUCUCAUGCUUGAUGGGCUUUGUAGUGUGAUUUAACCUUGCUUUUUGCCUCAGGAGAAAGAUUUAUUGUGAGCACUUGGCACGCCCAAAGAAUGGCAACAAGUUCCACUUAAUUCUUCCAAGUUUUUUUUUUCCCUGACCGGCAGCUUGCAAGCUCAUUGAGUGACUUGUAUGCUCACAUCGUAACUGAGCUGUACUCAGCCCUCGUCCCGAAACCCGGGAGCCUCUCAGCGGUUCCUGAGAUGGCUCCCACAGUUACCCUCACGCACAGGCUCAGCUUUUCACCAGGAUCCCGCACUCCCCUUCCCAGGCAAGGGCGUGAACCAGCAACUUCACCUACUUUUCCCCUCCCACUUGUUGUUGAUGGAGCUUCCGCUGCUGCAGGAGAGCAGAAAUCGGCCCUUGUCUGGUAUUCCUUGAGCAGCGUUCAUGUACUUAAUGCUCCCGACACUGAUCUCAUUUGCACUUCAGCCUUUUUGUUCUCCCAGGGCUGUGGAGAGGGGUCUUGUGUUAUUGAGGAACUGGUGUAUUGACAGUGGGGUUGGUUUUGUUUUGCUUGGCUUUGUUUAAUAAAGCAGUCUGAAAGGAUGACAUCUGUUUGCUCCCCUCUCCUCUGCCUGGUGCUGGUCCCGGCUCUCCACGGCUUCCCAGCCGGCUGGUGAGCGGGGCAAGGG